AUGCCUGAUCUGCGCCGCCAAAUCUUUGAAAGCGGCAAGACCGUCUCACGCAAGGCUGCAUCUCGCGAGGCCUCUCGCACGAACUCGCGCACCGGCUCCAAACAAUCAUCCCGUCAAGGCUCUCGAAAUGCUAGCAGAGCUCCUUCCGAUGAAGAGGACUCGGGUUUCCUGUCUGACGAGACAUCCAUGAGCAUUGGCUCCUUGGACGACGAGAACCCCGAAACUGAAAAUCCCGAUUGGGAACAAGAGCUUGGCGACCGUAUCCAAGAAAUUCUCGACCGCAAGCGCAGCAGUGUUCAGGGCCGCGAGGAAGCUCUCCAGGCCUUCUGCCGCCUGACCAAGUACCACUACGCCGUGGAAGAGUUGAACGGUACCGUCGACGAGUUGUUGGCUUCAUUUGCCAGAAGCGUCCGGACCGAAGUCAGCAUUCGCGAAGCGACACUCGGUCUCCGUGCUAUCGAAUUGCUCGCGCUCUCAGCCUUCGACAACACAAUCUAUGAAAACGCUGAGCCCCUGCUCACCCGCACCAUCCGUGACUCCACCUCCCCGGUCCUCAAAGCGGCUGCGAUUCAAUGUCUGGGAGCGUGCACCAUCUUUGGAGGAGCGGGGACUGAUGGAAUCCUGGAACAAAUGGCCUUCUUGCUGGACAUUGUCGCCUCUGAUGGACAGUCCAUUGAAGCCAAGGAUGACGCCCCAGUUGUAACUGCCGCUAUCCAACAGUGGGGAUUCCUCGCUACUGAAGUUGAUGACUUCGAGGAGGAAAGCGAGGAAGCGGUUCAGAUCUUUAUGGACCAGCUUGACAGCUCCGACGCCAACGUGCAAAUCUCCUCAGGUGAGAACAUUGCUCUGCUCUACGAGAAGAGCUACACACCCGAGGAAGAUGACGAAGACGAAGACGAAGAGAGUGGCGAUUCGGAUGAGAGCGAUGAGCAUGAAAAUGACCAGACCACCGGCCCCAAGCUUGUUAAGCGCUACAAUGCCUACCACAACACCCCGGAGCUGGAAAGUCAACUUCAGAAUCUUGCGCACAUCCACAGCAAGCAGAUCAGCAAGCGCGACAAAAAGUCCCUGCACAGCAACUUCGCCUCGAUUCUCACUACCGUUGAGAACCCGCGCCGAGGUCCACGCUACAAUACCGCCAUCGACCAAAACACCAACCGCCACUAUGGCAGCACUCUGACCGUGAAGAUCGGCCGCCACGGUGUGAUGUCGAUUGACCGCUGGUGGAAGUGGACCCGUCUCACUGCUCUGCGCCGUGUCUUGCAGGGUGGCUUUGCCGAGCACUACUUCCAGGGCAACCGUUCUGUUCUUAACAGCCUCCCGGUCAUGAUGCGCAUGGCCGACCAAGGCUUUAGCUCUGGAGAUCGCCAAGGUGCUCGGAAGGCUGCUAAGAUGCGCAACUCCCGUCGCUGGACUGCUCAUCAAUCCGACGAUGAUGACGAGUAA